AUGUCCGAAGCCUACGAACGCGAACGCCAAAACAACGCCCGCCUAGACGAGCUCUCCUCCAAGGUGUCCGCCCUCCGCGGCAUAACCGUCGACAUAUACGACAACGCCCGCGCCCAAGAUGUCAUCGACAACACUUCCGAGACCUUCUCUUCCAUGACUACGUCCCUAAAGGGCUCUGCUACCCGACUAGGAAGGAUGGCUGCUUCGGGGAAUAAAGUCGCUGUGUUGAAGUUGUCAGCUAUACUUAUUGGCAUUUUCAUAUUUCUUUACUACGUCUCGAAGUUAUUCUUUUAA